CAGUCUCUCAGCAUCAACAAUGCGAUCUAUUUCGUAUGCAAAGUGUUUGUUAUCCUGUGCUUGAAAACGACCUUUGACGCAUAAUUAUAAUGUAUUGAAAUCCACACUUUGUCUAUCGUAGGAACAAGCAAAAAGUGAUUUAGCUGAUAGUGAUUUUCUUAUUAGAUUGUGUAGCAACAUUUUGGUCAAACAAAUAGAUUCGGCGUGACACAAAAUAUCACGGUAUCUCGUCAAUUUGUACCUAAUCAGCCCCAUAAAAACAAAAUGUUUUUAAGUCGUACAUUAUUCGGGUCAGGAUAGUUAAAUCGCAAUGAAAAUAAAACGUGUGCUAACGAGCAUUUGAUGGAACCUAAUAUCGAGGGAAAACUUGCAAUGACCUGGCAGCAUUUGGAACGUGGGAGUUCUCCGGUUGACUGGUGCGAAGGAAAUUACAUUAUUUCGCCGGACAUCGCAGAAUUUGUUAACACGAUAAGCAAUAUUCUAUUUCUCAUUGGUCCUCCGUUCCUGAUAUACCUGUUCAAGGACUAUGGAAAAUUCAUACAGCCCGCGAUUCAUAUGAUAUGGAUUCUGCUGUUUGUUGUUGGAUUAAGUUCGGCCUAUUUCCACGCCACAUUAAGCCUUCUUGGACAGUUGCUAGAUGAGUUAACCAUCCUGUGGGUGUUUAUGGCCACCUUGAGCUUAUUCUGUCCCCGUCGACAUUUUCCACGAAUUUUCAAGCAUUCCAGGAAACGCUUCUGUAUUUCGAUGACGGUGUUCUCCCUCACGGCAACGGCUUUUUCUGUUUGUUAUCCCGCCAUCAACGCGUUCGCAUUGAUGCUACUGGCCAUACCUGCUACCUAUCUUCUGUACAAGGAACUGAAGAUUGUACAGGAUCAACGCGUAUACCGGCUGGGCAUCCGCAACACAACCAUUCUGAUGCUGGCGAUAGUUUGCUGGAUCAACGAUCGUCUGUUUUGUGAUGCGUGGUCUCGAAUGCAUUUCCCGUAUCUGCAUGGGUUUUGGCAUAUCUUGAUCUUUAUCGCUGCCUAUACGGCGUGCGUAUUGUUUGCGUAUUUCUUUGUCAGUGAUGAAAGGCCGGAGAGCAAACCCCAGCUCAAGUACUGGCCUCGCAAUGAUUUCGAACUUGGUGUCCCGUAUGUUUCGGUCAGUUGCUACAAAAAGCUGAAGGAUUACAUUUAAAGCGCCGGCAGUUUUUGUGUUUGUUUAGUACAAAUGAAUAAGUAGUACAGUUCAUUGUGAGGAUACUGUGUGUCAUAACGCCAAAUGCGUGGUUCCAAAGUCUAAUAAUCGAUUCCGUUGGCUCAUUGAAUAUUGAUAUUGCACGGCUCAACAUAAUCUUUACCGUGUAAGCAUAGUCCUAUUUUAUUUUUUGUACCUUAGGAUUCUUUAUUUAUAUGCAUUAUGCUCAGAUUCAAUAUGUUUCAUCGCAGCUCAAUUUGCAAGUGAUUACAAUAGUGAAUUUAUUAGUUUUAGGUGAAUGUGAAUUAAUUCUACUUUUGUAGUUGGCAGUGAUAUUUCUAAAUACGUUGUGAUUAACAGUAAAUAGGGGUUAACCUACCGGUGAUAUUCAAUCUAUCGCAGGCCUGCAUAAUUUAUCAAAACAUCGUAUAUUUCAAUUAUACCUUAUUGGUCUAUUCGCAAAAUUCAGCCCGUCUAAGGUACGAGCCCAUCAGAGAUAGAGAUAUAGUAUAUCAUGUGCUUCGAAAUGUUACUAUUACAUCCGUUAUAUCAGCAUACUUUGUUGGGCGCUCAAUUUACUAUAAUGGAUCCAAUAAAAAAGUAAUUCUCAUCGCAAGCGAUGUUCUCCCAAUAGUAACUGAUUUUCCAGUGGUAGUUUAGAAACUUCUAAAAUGGGCGAUUUGAAGUAACGGUUUCAGUCUAUUCGUAUAUUAAACUGAAAAUUAUAUAGAGUGAAUUAAACUAUGCGGAUAGACUUUAAUUCGUUCAAAUGCACGUCUCAGACAAAUAUUCCAGAGCUCGAAAGAUGUAAGAAAUAGUCUGGUAGGAAACGAAUUUAAACAAGUAUAAAUCUAAUCUAUUAUAAAAAGUACUGUCAGUUUUUGUAGUAUCUUUCAAGAAAAUAAUUCAGUAGUUCGGCUGAAAAGUUUAUAAGGUAACAUAGUAACACUAUUUUUUGGCAAAAUUCAAUCUUAUUAUUCAACAUAAUUGCCUUCGAUGGAGAUACAGCGAUUAUAGCGAUCUUGCAACUUUUCGAUACCAUUUUUAUAGUACUCUUACGGGUUUUCCAAAAUAGGCCUUAGUUUCGGUAAUCACUUCAUCAUCGGUCUUAAAUUUCUUGCCAGCGAGUAUUCUCUCCAGGUCUGGGAACAGAAAAUAGUCGCUGGGGCCAGAUCUGGACAAUACGGUCGAUGCGGAAGCAAAUCGAAGCCCAAUUCAUGCAAUUUUGCCAUCGUUUUCAUUGAUUCGUGAUUUUGUCCGAUUGCUGUCAAAUUUUGACACGUAUCCAUUGAACGACGGUACUUUGUGAUAGCCAAGUAGAUUUUUGCAAGAGGCGCCAUCUCGGCCUCAACCUUAUGAACUUUUUAGUCGAACUGCUACAAUAGAUGGAUUCCGAUUUCAUCAAUGGUCAUCAGCUUUUUGUUGUAUAUACAUUUGUUUGUCUACACUUAUUUGGAUGAUUGCCUCUAUUCUAUACCAGAGUUUUUGAAGCGAAGGAUCUCCCAUAAUUCACAAAUUAAUAAUUUACCGAAUGAAAUUUCUGAGUCCAAGUGGUUGAUGACCGAUCAUGUUUAUGUUUUUAAAAAUACUUCCAAUUCAAGUGUUAGUUUCAGUGAUAGAAUUUUGAAUAGAA